GAAAAACAAAACAAAAAAAAAACAAAACUGUCAAACAAAAUGCGCCUCUCGACUCUUCCUCUUGGGAUAGCGACAGUUUGCGCAGCUCUCACAUGCGCCCAGACACCAGCUGAUAGCUGGCCAAGUACAUCGCGUAACAUCGGGUCUGCAUUUCAAAAUAUAACUGUCACGCCUGGAAAAUGGAUAAGUCCUUCUGGUACGCUCCCUGCAUCUCAUCUCAUCUCAUCUCAUCCCAUUCCACCCCUCCCCCCCCAAAUAAAACAAAAUAAACCCCUCCAAUCCCCAAACCCCAACUCCCUCUCACACCUCCUAGACGUAACCAGCCAACCCACGAUCUACCUCACCACCCCCCUCAACCCCAACCCCAACCCCAACGCCAGCUACAUGCUAUUGAUGCUCGACCUCUCAAUCCCCUCCUCCGACGUAACCACAGCCUCCCUAUACUCGACUCUCACUCCCGGACUCGCUCCCAACACAACCACCCGCCUCCACUGGUGGCAAGGAAACUACACUCUCGCACCCUCAUCCUCCUCCUCAUCCCUCAACCCCCUUUUCCUCAACUCCACCAACAGCAUAGCAGCAUACACGGCGCCGCGACCACGCGACAGUACAAACCACACUUAUGCAUUCUACAUGUUUGCGCAGCCGGCGAAUUAUUUCGUGGGAGAGGAAGCGGCGAAUGGAACGUAUUAUGAAGAGACGACGGAGGCAAGAUUUAAUUUCUCGCUAAAGGCGGUGGUGGAGAGCGUGGGGGAGCCGGUGGCGGCGAAUUGGUUUGUGAGUAGUGCGUGAUGUGAUGAUAAGGGAGUGGAGUGUGGGGUGUGGGGGAUAUAGGGUGGAUAGGUGAAAGUAUUCCAUUCUCAGAUGAUAAUUUCCUAUCUAAUGCA